GCAAAGUCGAAAAUCUCGCGGUAACAUUGCCUGUGCCGAGAUCCGCGAAAAACUUAAAAGCAAAACAAAAAGAAAAAAUGUGAGCAAAAUAAAUACCAAAAAAAAACAAAGAGCUAAGCAAAACACAUAUAUAUAUAGAUACAUAACAUACACGAGUACAAUACGCUAAAGAGAAUUGAGAAUACAUAAGCAUAACGACAAUUAACCUUACAAAUUAUUGGGUUCAAUUACUAAAAUUGAGGGAAAAGUCUUGAAGCUUUAUAUGAACUGUUUAACGUGUACUCCGAAGUGAAAAGAUUGGCGUGUGGGAUCGGGAGAUAGCACAGCAUACACAUAUAGCAGCCAUAUAUAGACCCGCCAGCAAACCGAAGGAGAUGAAUCGAAGUAGCCGCAGACUUCCGGCACUCUUGUUUGGCCUUCUGGUCUGCCUUGUGGCCCAGACCGCCGGUCAUCUGACGACGGAGGACGAGAGCGACUUGGCCAUCAUUCCGCCGGAUGCCGACAAUGUGGAGAUUCAUCAAGUGAAAUUCGUGAAUGGCGUUAUGCAGGAGGAUCAUCCGGUGAUCAUGUACAAGGAGGAUUUCGUCAAUGAGGAUUAUGUAGACCCCACUAAGAACGAGACAAGUCCUGGACGAAACAAGAAGCACAAGCGAACGCAUCACCAUCGUGCGGAGCUACAGACGGAGAACGAGGAGGAUAGGAUCCUUUUUGAUGUCCUGCCGGACAAGCCGAUCGUCCUCUCGGACGACCUUAAAGCUCUUCCGGUCAGCCAGGUAGAAGCCGCCCAACUGGCGGAACCUGUCAAGCUGGGAAAGCUACCCAAGAAAUACCAUAGCCGAAAGCGACGUCAGGCCGAGACAGAGAUGGUAUACGAUUUUAGGAACGGUCAUUACGUUUAUUUGCCAUACUUAACCUAUAAACGACCCCCGGUGCCGGGAAAACAACCGGAUAAGGACAGAAAAAUUGGACAUCCUCCUCAAUAUCAUCCUGCUUCGACCACAUAUAGUCAACAACCGGAUACGAACAGAAAUGUUGGACAACCUGCUCAAAAUUAUCCAGGGCAGACAAUAGAUAUUAAUCAACCGGAUCAGAACAGAAAUGUUGGACAACCUCCUCAAAAUUAUCCAGGGCAGACAAUAGAUAUUAAUCAACCGGAUCAGAACAGAAAUGUUGGACAACCUCCUCAAAAUUAUCCAGGGCAGAACAACGAUAUUCAACCAGGCUCCGUUGAUUCCCGUAUUGGUUUAAUUCACGACCCAAAUCCAGAACUAGCGGAUAACUCUCUUUAUAACCAGACCCGUCCUACAAAAACGCCCACUACUACACCAUCGUUUAUAAUAAUCGACGGUCCGAAAGUUACGAAAAAACCCGACAUCGAAUUUGGUGCUGAUAAUAUCAAUGAUUUCAAUGCGGCAAGAACAAGAACAACCACCUACAGGCCCGUUGUGAGGCCGAACACAAGGUCGCCCAAGGUGGGACUACCGACUCUGAGACCCAAUACAAGGCCGGCCAACCCACCGCCACCCAGCGAGCCCAAGGUCAGCAAUUGUGUGUGGGCGAUCGUGUACUGCUGUUCCGGCGACUCCAAGAAGAUCCGGUACCAAUGCUUCGAGGAAUUGGGCUGCCACGGCGCCUUCUGGGAUAUUAACCCAUGCGCGGAUGAAACCGUCCGUGACGCAGAUCUCGUGCCUCUAGCCGGCUUCUCGCCCCCGGCCUUCGCCCCUCCGCCCGCCACCGCCCGUCGUCCGUCCUCCAGGGAAGACGCCUUCCGAUUUCCCCAGGAAGUUGGCUACCAGACGGGCAGCAAUUGCCACCGCGCUUCGAAAUAUUGCUGUGGCCUUAAGAAUUUUGGAUCCCAGUACGAUUGUUUCUACCAUUACGGCUGCAACGAAAGUAUCUCGACCAUUAUAUCAAGCUGCUCCUGAAAUGCCCCGGAAUAAUCUACCAUGGAGUCCAUAUAUGCAUUGCAAAUCUGUCUGUGACUAGAGCCUCGCGUUUCGAAAGCCCCUUUUUCACCCUUUAGGUUAUAUUGGUAUAUAUUAAAUAUCAUUUCUAGUCGGCUUUGCCAGUGGGGCAGAGCCUAAUUAAUAAAGAUUUAUUUCUGUCUCAAACUAACUUUA